AUGUCGAAACAAUCUGGUUUCAUCUUACUUUGCUGUUUCAUUAUUCUCAUCGAUCUAUGUGCAUCAGCACCAUCGGCUGAACGUGAAAAACGUGGUGCUGGUGCUGGUAAUUGUAAUGGUGGUCGUGGAGUUUAUAAGACAUUUUGUUAUGGUAAUCGCAAUGGUGAUAAGGGAAAAGAAUCCGAUGCUCAGCUAUGUCUUGAUGCGUUGAUGAAUGCAUCGAGUCGACCAUGGGGUUGUUCCACUGUUAGUCACGGUCGUUGUCGAUGUACAGUCGAUUCGUCUUACAUCUUUGGUGCAAAUGGUCGAUGGGCACAAACAUAUAGAGAAGCUCGUGCAAAUCUUCAUCGAGAAUGUUUUGAUUUUACACAUAAUAUUAUGGAACGAUACGAAGGUAAUUUGUAUUUGGCAUUGACAUGCAAUUGA